ACUCGACCUGCACACUCAUUUGUCUCUCAUUUCUUUAUCCUCGAGCCUUUUACCUGCGUCCCAAGAUGGCUGGUCCUCCGGGCAUGAGUGGUGGAAGGUGUCUUUCACGGUGGAUAAUAUCGUUCGCUCUCUUUAUGACAACGCUCCUUCUUUUUCGACCCUUCGCAUCGUAUAUCCUUCCCUUGGGCAUCAGCAAGUCCCUUCCAAUUGUCAUUCGACCAAGCAGUUUCAAUUGGACAUCACUGACGCCUCAUCAUGCUACGCCUCCACACACGUACCUGCCUACAAGUCGCGUCCAGGUGCCAUCUAUUCAACAUGCCUUCGAGCCUGAAGGCCGAUCCGAUGCUGCGAGGAGGAUACCGCGUCAGAAGGCAGUCCUGGCUGCGUUCCAAAGAUGCUGGCAGAAUUACAAAGCCCACGCUUGGCUGAAAGACGAGCUGGAACCUCUCACUGGGACGGGAAAGAAUACGUACGGCGGCUGGGCCGCAACACUGAUAGACUCUCUUGACACUCUUUGGAUUAUGGGCCUCAAGGCAGAGUUCCUCGACGCGGUGAGAGCCGUGGCUGUCCUUGACUGGGCAAAUACCACGGGCACCGCCUGCAAUAUGUUCGAGACAAACAUCCGCCAUCUUGGAGGCCUGCUGGCUGCCUAUGAUUUGAGUCAAGAGCAGGCUCUCUUGACCAAAGCCGUGGAGUUGGGGGACAUGCUAUACGCCGGCUUCGACACUCCGAAUCGGAUACCGCCCUUUUGGCUUAACUUCGAGCAAGCCAAACAUGGGAAUCUAAUCGCAGAAACGCAUCAGAUCUCGGCCUCGGUGGGAUCUUUUUCACUAGAAUUUACCAGACUGUCCCAGAUCACUGAGGAACCCAAAUAUUACUCAGCAGUGGCACAUCUAGUUUCCGUCUUCGAAGAGCAUCAGAAUUCGACGGCCUUGCCGGGCAUGUGGCCUACUUUCAUUGACGCACGCAAUACCAAGUUCGAGGAGAACAGUUUCACUCUGGGAGCACUGGCGGACUCUCUUUACGAGUAUCUGCCCAAGAUGUACUCACUUCUCGGCGGGCAAGAGGCCAUCUACAAAAAGAUGUACAUGGAUGCCAUGGACGCUGUCGGGAAGCACCUCCUCUUUCGCCCCAUGCUUCCCGACAAUAAUGAUAUCUUGUUCUCAGGGACGGCCACCGUCAGCAAAGGCAUCGUCACGCUCAAUCCUGAGGGACAGCAUCUCAGCUGCUUCGCGGGCGGCAUGUUCAUUCUCGGCGGAAAACUGUUCUCACGUCAAGAACAUCUCGACAUUGGCACUAAACUCACACGUGGCUGUGCUUACGCCUACGACGCUUUUCCAACCGGGAUCAUGCCGGAGAUCUUCGACAUGCUGACUUGUCCAUCGUUGACCGGGUGCAAUUGGGACGAAGAGCGAUGGCGCCGUCACGGCAAUAAAAACCUGCCCAAGGGGUUUCCAAGAGUACAUGUGCCGUCCUACAUCUUACGUCCCGAGGCGAUUGAGAGUGUCUUUAUCCUGUAUCGCACGACAGGCGACGAGGCCCUACAAGACUUGGCCUGGCGGAUGUUUCAAGCCAUCCAGAAAGCCACGGAAACACCGUACGGCAAUGCUGGCAUCGACGACGUGACGGCCAUUAGCGGCCAAGCGAAGCAGAAAAACUCAAUGGAGAGUUUCUGGCUUGCCGAGACCUUGAAGUAUUUCUAUCUGAUCUUCUCUCCGCCCGACCUCAUUAGCUUGGACGAGUAUGUCCUGAACACGGAGGCGCAUCCGUUGAGACGACCAUCAUGAAAAGAUUCUUUAGCUUGACUGUACAUAAUAUACCACAUUGCGAAAGUCGGUGCGUUCACACCCGAAGCUUGCGCUCGAUGACGAUGAGAUGCUGCGAUUCAAAAACCGCACCGUACGCCUUGUGCAUGCCCAUAGAGUUCUGGAUCAGCCUGUAUGCAUCCAUUGGGACAGUGAUGGCCAUAGAAUAACAUAGCACCGGAUCAUGGUUCACAGGGGCUUCUGCACCACCGG